CAGUACGCGAAAUGUUUUCAUGGAAGACAUAUGGUAGUUGACACACAGUAAAGUUUUUAAUUGAUUAUUUAAUAUUUUUUAGGAAACAAUAAUAUAUUAUCGAUAAUGGAUAUUACCCCUUUAUUUCGAGCGUGUGUAAAAACUAUUAGAACGCGAAAUAAAGCUUUAGGUUUUAAUGUUGAUGGAGAUAUAUUAGGAAAUAACAGAUCUAAACAGACUAAGUCUGAUUUUGAAAUUAAAGUAAAAGAAUUGCUAACAAGCAUAUCAAAAAUGCAUGAUUUCUUAAUGGAACAUCGUAAGGAAUAUAUAAAUAUUAAUCAUUUAAUGUAUGAUGCAUCUCAUAUGACAGACAGUGAAAGAGAUCAAAUUGAUAAUGAUGCUCAGGCGUUUAUGUUAACAUGCACAGAAAUUCUUCGUAAUCUUCAUCAAGAAAUUAAAAAGCAAACUUCUUCAAUUCAAUUACUUGAACAUAGAGAAGGUGUUAUUGCAAUAUUAGAUUCUUUUUUAAAAAUGGUUUGCAAAGUAUAUAGUGAGCAAAGAGCCAUCAGAGUAAAACGAGCUUUUGAUAGGCAAAAACUUGCAAGAUUAGAAGUAGAUAAUAAACAAUUGAAUACAAAUUUCACCGAAGAAAAAUCUAAAGAAGACAAAAACAAUGCAAUAAUAACAAAUAAUGAUAUAAGUUCUACUUUUGGAGAAGAUUUAGAAAUGUCGAGUGAAGAAUUACAAAUUUUUGAACAAGAAAACAGAAGAUUAUAUGAAGAAAUGAACACAUUAGUUGAUGAAGUUAGACAAAUAGAGGGAAAAGUUGUUGAAAUAUCUAGACUUCAAGAAAUAUUUGCUGAAAAAGUACUUCAACAGGAACAAGAUAUUAAUAGGAUAUCAGAUACUAUAGUUGGAACUACAGAAAAUAUUAAAGAAGGAAAUGAAGAAUUGAGAGAAGCAAUGAAAAAGAAUGCAGGUUUUAGAGUAUGGAUACUCUUUUUUCUCAUUGUCAUUUCUUUUUCACUGUUAUUUCUUGAUUGGUAUAAUCCUUAACUAUGAUUUAUAAAUAAAAUAUAUUAAUAUAAUAAAAGGUAGUGUAAUUGCUUUAUUCUUACAUGAUUUUAAUGAGUUCCAUAUUGAGAAUACACAAAUGCCUAAAGAAUGAAUUAUUUAUAUUUACCCAAGUAUAAAUUUAACUU